AUGUCCGAACGCGGCAAGGAUCGCGCCGACGGUACGCGUACCAAGCGCAGCUGGAUCGGCAAGUCCUCCAAAGAGCCCCAUCUCCCCACCACCGUCGAGGGCAAGGAGCAGACAUAUGGCCCUAUCCCCAGCUCGCCUCUGCCCGCGGCGUCUGGCUCUGGCUCUAGCUCCAGCUCCGGUGGCAUCCUGCCAUUCAAGCGGUCCAACUCCGGACAAUCGCUAACCACUGCGACAUCUCCACGCCCGACCACCCCCUUGACCUCCAAGAAACGUUCGAAUUCGUCUACAUCGCUGACCCAAGAUGAACCGCAGUCACAGAACGCGCUCGAGCGCACAAUUUCUACUCAGUCCCAACCCGCCAUCAACGUCAAGUCCCCACAAGAUGAAUCCCGCGCCUCCGGCUCCUUCUCGAAGAUGUCCUUGACCUCUAUGCUCUCCUCCCUCACCCUCACUCGGAGCAGCGGUGGUGACGAUGAACGGCGCGGUCGAUCUCAGCAGAAAGAGAAAGAUAAGGACAAGUACCGCUCCUCCUCCUUCGCCGGCUCCCAGGCAGACCGCGACAGCUCUGGCUCGCGUGCGCGCAGCCAGUCGCCGUUCCAUCUCAGGCGCAUCCGCACACGCGACCGCGACCCUUCCCCCACCGUCGAGGCACUGUCGCAGUCGGACGUGGAAUCGGACGCGGAGGUGUCACGCGUACGCCCGCGCAACGCGUUCUCCCUUUCCGGGCAAUCCGACGACGAGUCCGGGGAGGAGACCGAGGACGACAGCGGGUCCGACGAGGAAUCAUGGAGCGAGGGCGACCAGGAGCUUGACGAUAUCACCGAGCUGAACACUGAGCGCAAUGCACUCAUCCCUGCCGCCUCCGUCGACCAGGAAAUGCCGGACUACCUCGGGGAGGGUGUGAACGUUAUCAUGCCGCCCGAGCCAUACUUCCCGAGCACACUCAACGGCACCGGGGGCGGACGGGGCCCCCGUCGACGGAAGAGCACCAAGCCGCACGACACCAUGUCCCUCGUGUCCUCGCGCCCGGUCUUCCAACGCGACCGCUGCACGAUCACGAUAACGCACGGUGACCCAGACGGCGUCCGGCAGGAGACCGGGAGGCCCCGGCGGCGGUAUGUGCUCGCGAGCGACCUGAGCGAGGAGUCGCGGUUCGCGCUGGAGUGGGGAAUCGGCACUGUGCUGCGAGACGGCGACGAGCUGAUCAUCGUGACGGUAGUCGAGAAUGAGGGCAAGAUCGACCCGGUUAUCCCCAAUCCGGCCGAUCGUGCGACGAAACUACGCGCCCAGCAGGAGCGUCAGGCCUUGGCGUAUAUCCUCGUCCGCCAAGCAACGGGUCUCCUGCAGCGCACGCACUUGAAUGUUUCAAUCCAAUGUCAAGCUUGGCAUGCUAAGAACAGCAGGCAUAUGAUAUUGGACAUCGUCGACUUCUAUGAACCCGUCAUGCUUAUCGUCGGUUCUCGUGGUCUCGGAAACCUCAAGGGUAUCCUCCUUGGCUCAACAUCGCACUACCUCAUCCAGAAGUGCUCGGUGCCAGUGAUGGUCGCGCGCCGCCGCCUGAAGCGCCCCCCGCGCCGCGCCGCGCACCUCAAGGCGCACCGCGCCCGCGUCUCGCUCGCGCAGGCCGCGAUCGACCGUGUCGCGUCCAAGGUCGACCAGGACGUCGCGAACAUGCGCAGCGAGAUCGAGCGCGACGACGAGCGCCGCUCCGAGGGCCACACCGACGUCGAGGACGACGACGACCACCCGGAGGACGACCAGAUCGAGCCCGAUGCGGUGCGCACGGAGAGCCCGCCGCCGCAGCCCGCGAGCCCGCCGCAGCGGCCGGCGAGUCCGGACGCGCAGCCCUUGAGUCUCGGCGAGAAGGUUGCAGGGGACUAA